AUGACCAACAUCCUCUCGCGGGCUUUCAAGUGUCCUGACUUUGGGCUGACAGCCAUCCUACUCAAUUCACUCAUCUUCCGCCGUCUCAACAAAUCUCUCAAUAAGUAUGUCGUGGAAGAAUGCCGGCUGCAGCCUGGAGAGACUGUUCUGGAUGUAGGUUGUGCUUGUGGAACUGGUCUAAAAAUGGCUGUUCCACUUGUGGCUCCUCGUACGGCGGCUUUCCUGCGGUUCAACCCUCCUGCCCGUCUCCUUGGUCCCCAGUGGCUGGCUCGACUUGGAUUAAAGGAGUACCAGGUUAAUCUACCUCUGGACGCUGAUGGCUUUGUCCACGGUGUUGACAUCUCGCCGUUCAUGGUGCAACUCAGUCUAAAACAUCUCAGACCAUUUCACAAGGCUGACCGCGUAGCCAUCCACCAGAACAGCGUCCAUCGUCUGCCUAUGCCCACACAGAGUGUGGACGUCUGCUUCCACGUGGACUCCUUCUACUUCUGGCCUUCUCUGGAUGAUUCACUGGCAGAGAUUCAUCGCGUUCUGCGUCCCGGUGGCCGCAUAGUUACGGCCUUCCAGCCCAGUCGGCUGCGCUUCUACACUCGUCUCGGCAUGAUGCGUUUUGCACGCGUGGACGCGCUUGCCUACAGUAUGUCUCUGGAGGCCAAUGGUUUUACGGACGUUGAGUGGAUCAAGCCGGAGGCGUCCAACGGCUUCCACUGUAUCAGGGCACGAAAGCCCCCGCUAACUUACCUUCCACCGCCGCCACCACCACCCAGCGAGGCACGGACUGAAGAGAUUGAAUAA